CAGUGACUCGGGCGGUGACGCGCGCGCACCUUCCUCUUCCUCCCGCGCGGCCCCGCCUCGCCGCCGCCGCCGCCGUCCGAGCCGCCGCGCCGUCAUGUCGGUCCCCGCCGGCUCCCCUCAGCCGGCCGCCAGCGCCCGGAGCCCGCCCCAGCUCGGCGGGGCCGCCGCCUUAGGAGCCACCGCCGCCGCGCCCGCGGGCCCCGGCGCGACGCCGCCGCAGCAGAACGGCCCUGCACAGAAUCCAGUGCCAGUUCUGCCAGGUUAUGGGCUGCCUUCUCAGAGCUAUCUUGCUCCCUCAGGAGCUGGGAAAAUGACCUCACUGCCACUGGGUGGCCAGUGUGGCAGUUACUACCCCGGGCUCUACGCAGUACCAAGCUCCAGCGUGGGGACGCCCCCUACCGCAAACCACCCAGGAGCACCGCAGGUGUUUGGCAGAGCUGCUCCUGUCCCUCCCGCCAUGGGGCCCACCCCAGGGUCUCUCCACGGUGCGGUGCCGCCAGCUCCCCAUCUGCACACCAGUGCCUCCCAGCCCUACCCCGCAUUUGUGAAUCACUACAACAGUCCCGCCAUGUACUCUGCCAGCUCUCCCGUCGCUUCUCAGGGAUUCCCCUCCACCUGUGGUCACUAUGUGAUGCCCGCCGUUUCUAAUGCUGCGUGUGCCAGCGUCUCCUACCCCUCUCUGCCUGCUGGUGACCCAUAUGGGCAGCACAUGUUUACCUCACAGAACGCCCCGGCGGGCAGGCCACUCAGAGAGCCCUCGUUGUCUGGUCCCAAGCCAGCCACCAGCCACCUGUCACCACUCCCACCGGCGCCACCUGCUCCACCCCAGCAGUACCACCAGCAGCAGAGUGUUUCAGGAUUCAACACACUAUCGUGGUCAGCUGCAGGCCUUCCUCCAGCCCAGGACAAUCUUUCGCGAAACCACACUGGCUCCCUGGUUACAACCAACAACAACCCACCAAGUACCGGUUUCUUGUCUGCAGUUGCAGAUUCACUAUCCUGUCCCGUUGUGCAAAACGCCCAGCCUCCCAAGUCCAGCCCUGUGGUGUCUACUGCUUUUUCAGGCACCUCGUCGACAAGAACAACACCUCCUGCUGCAACCCACCCAGCCGAGCCUGUGGCCUCAGUCCCACAGCCACCAGAGCUAUUACAGCAGAAAGGCAUGCAGUUUGGUGACUAUGUUAAUAAUCGAGCUAGCUCUGCACCAACUCCCUUGUCAUCAACUUCCGAUGAUGAGGAAGAGGAGGAGGAGGAUGAGGAAGCAGGUGUUGACAGCUCUUCCACCACGAGCAGCGCUUCUCCAAUGCCCAACAGCUAUGAUGCCCUAGAAGGAGGCUGCUACCCAGAUAUGCUUUCUUCAUCAGCAAGCAGUCCUGCUCCUGAUCCUGUGCCUGAACCUGACCCCACUCCAGCUCUCACAACUUCCCAAUCUUCAAAAAUAGCAAAGCCUUUUGGGUAUGGCUACCCAACUCUACAGCCAGGCUACCAGAAUGCCACACCACCACUUACCUCCGGAGCUCAGCCCAGUAAUACGGUGUAUCCGGGAUUCCAGCAGUAUGCUCAGCAGUAUCCUGCUGUGAACCAGCUGUCCUCCAGUCUGGGAGGACUGAGUCUUCAGAGCUCUCCACCACCAGAAAGUCUACGACCUGUAAAUCUCACUCAGGAGAGGAAUAUUUUACCCCCGACACCUGUAUGGGCUCCUGUCCCUAACUUGAAUUUAGACCUCAAAAAAUUAAACUGUAGCCCAGAUUCAUUUCGGUGCACUUUGACAAAUAUUCCACAGACACAGGCUUUACUGAACAAAGCUAAGCUCCCUUUAGGAUUGCUGUUACAUCCCUUCAGAGACCUAACGCAAUUACCAGUGAUAACAUCAAAUACCAUUGUGAGAUGCCGGUCUUGUCGAACCUACAUCAACCCUUUUGUAUCCUUCAUCGAUCAGCGUAGAUGGAAAUGCAACUUGUGCUAUAGAGUUAAUGACGUUCCUGAAGAAUUUAUGUACAACCCCCUUACCCGAUCUUACGGAGAACCUCAUAAGCGGCCAGAAGUUCAGAAUGCAACUGUGGAGUUCAUUGCUUCUUCAGAUUACAUGCUUCGACCUCCUCAACCUGCAGUUUACUUGUUUGUUUUAGAUGUGUCUCAUAAUGCUGUCGAAGCUGGAUAUUUGAAAAUUCUGUGCCAGUCACUUUUAGAAAAUCUAGACAAGCUUCCUGGAGAUUCACGCACAAGAAUAGGAUUCAUUACCUUUGACAGCACCAUACAUUUUUACAAUUUGCAAGAAGGCUUAUCACAGCCUCAGAUGCUGAUUGUUUCUGAUAUAGAUGAUGUUUUUCUACCUACACCAGAUAGCUUACUUGUGAAUCUUUAUGAAAGUAAAGAGCUGAUAAAAGACUUAUUGAAUGCGUUACCAAAUAUGUUCACCAAUACAAGAGAAACACACAGUGCCCUUGGUCCUGCGCUUCAGGCUGCCUUUAAAUUAAUGUCUCCAACAGGUGGCCGUGUGUCUGUAUUUCAGACACAGUUACCUUCCUUGGGUGCAGGGCUUCUGCAGUCCAGAGAAGACCCUAACCAGAGAUCCAGUACGAAGGUUGUUCAGCACCUUGGCCCUGCAACUGAUUUUUAUAAGAAACUCGCUCUAGAUUGCUCCGGGCAGCAGACUGCAGUGGAUCUCUUCCUUUUAAGUUCCCAGUAUUCUGAUCUUGCUUCUCUAGCUUGUAUGUCCAAGUAUUCUGCUGGGUGUGUCUACUAUUAUCCUUCUUUCCACACUACUCACAAUCCUUCACAGGCUGAAAAGUUACAGAAAGACCUAAAACGAUAUUUCACAAGAAAAAUUGGAUUUGAAGCAGUUAUGAGAAUAAGGUGUACUAAAGGGCUUUCAAUGCACACUUUUCAUGGAAACUUCUUUGUCCGUUCCACUGAUUUGCUGUCCCUUGCCAACAUCAAUCCUGAUGCUGGAUUUGCAGUACAGCUGUCUAUUGAGGAAAGCUUGGCAGACACUUCCUUAGUGUGCUUUCAGACAGCCCUGCUGUAUACAUCUAGCAAAGGCGAGCGGAGAAUUCGGGUGCACACGCUCUGUUUGCCAGUGGUGAACUCCCUGGCCGAUGUGUAUGCGGGAGCAGACGUGCAGGCUGCCAUCUGCCUGCUGGCCAACAUGGCUGUGGAUCGCUCCAUUUCCUCCAGUCUGUCAGACGCACGAGACGCCUUGGUGAACGCGGUGGUGGACUCACUGUCUGCCUACGGCUCCACAGUACCACAUUUGCAGCACUCAGGCCUGAUGGCUCCCACCUCCCUCAGGCUGUUUCCUCUCUAUGUGUUGGCCCUGCUCAAACAGAAAGCAUUUAGAACCGGAACAAGCACACGUCUGGAUGACCGUGUAUAUGCUAUGUGUCAGAUAAAGUGCCAGCCACUUGUUCACCUGAUGAAGAUGAUUCAUCCCAACUUAUACAGAAUAGACAGACUGACAGACGAGGGCGCAGUACAUGUUAACGACAGGGUCGUACCACAGCCGCCUCUUCAAAAGCUGUCUGCAGAGAAACUGACAAGGGAAGGAGCUCUGCUCAUGGACUGCGGCUCUGUCUUUUACAUUUGGAUUGGAAAAGGCUGUGAUAAUAACUUCAUAGAGGAUGUGCUCGGGUUUCCUGACUUUGCAUCAAUACCACAGAAAAUGUCACAUCUUCCAGAACUAGGUACGCUGUCAUCAGAAAGAGCCAGGUCCUUUAUCACUUGGCUUAAAGAAAACCGACCGCUAAGCCCGAUUCUUCAUGUGGUAAAAGAUGAGAGCCCUGCCAAAAUGGAAUUUUUCCAGCAUCUGAUUGAGGAUCGUACAGAAGCCGCACUUUCUUACUAUGAAUUUUUGCUUCACAUUCACCAGCAGAUUUGUAAGUGAAAUGGAAUAUAAAAAUAUAUAUAUAUGAAUACGAAGAAAAAGACACCCCACCCCCACUCCACCCCCAGCCAUGAUAAAAAAUAUUCUCUGUCAGAGAAGCACACGGGACAUUCCAAACCAAGGCUUUUGUUACAAGACACUGUACUGCAUAGCGCCCUGUCUGAUGCUUCGGCCAAAGGCACAGAAGAGGAGGCCUGCCUGGACAGACAUCCUUCAGCCUGAAUGAACGGUAGUGGCGACGCCCUCCCCCGGUGUGCUUUCCACACAGCUGCAGUAGCACGGCGCUGCUGUGCUCUCUCCAUACCAGCCACAGAUCUCUCUAGCUGUGUGGAAGGGUAUGUCAUGAUGUCAAGUGAGGUGAUUUUUUUUUCUUUCUUACAACUGGUAAUAUCUCUGGACUUGUACUCUGACAAGAGAUGCCAUAAAGCAGUGGCACCACGUUAUUUGUUUAUUUGAACUACUUUUUAACAAGGAAUGAUUCGUAUUCAUUAAAUGAAGUCAAUACAAUAUUUUCCCUGUAAAUCAAUAGAAUUUCAGUACAUGAACAAUAGAACAUAUAUAUAUCUACAUAUAUAUAUAUAAUGUACAUAAGUGUUACAUUUGUAAAGAAAAUGUAAAAAUGUAACUACAGAAUAUGAAUUGCUUAAACUGUGAUGCAUUGUUGGAUGACAGUUCUUUUUGUCACAGAGAAUGAGGUUGACUAACAGGUAUUAUGAAUUGAGUCCACAAAAGAAACACAAAACCCUUUGUAAUUCUAUCAAAUCUUUUAUGUGGAUUUAUUUAUGAUCAGCCUACUAAUUAAAAAUAUUUUGCUUGA